GGCGAUAUUAGCUAGCACUCGCUAACUGUAUUCUCUGCUAAAGGGAAGACGGCAACUAAAGAAAAUCAACACCAGGAUUGCUUAAAGGACUGUACCUCAAUAAAUUAAAACCGAUCGAGGAAGGAUUAAUUAAGCUGUAAACGUUACAACCGACGUUUAAUACUUUCUGUUGGGUGUCUGUUGUCUCAUGAUGGAAGAUAACGGUGCACAUUUCUUCGAGGGGACCGAGAAGCUGUUGGAGGUGUGGUUCUCCCGGCAGGAUGACACCAAAGGAACCGGGGACCUCCGUACCAUCCCAAGGUUUGAGUGGGACAAACUUUUGGAGAAUGUGCAUUGUUUGAUCAUAAGUGUGACAAAGUCUGACAAGCAGGAUGCUUAUAUACUCAGUGAGAGUAGCAUGUUUGUCUCCAAGAGACGUUUCAUUUUGAAGACAUGCGGAACCACCCUCUUACUGCAAGCACUGGUGCCUCUGCUGGAACUCGCCAGGGAGUACUGCGGUUUUGAUGCCAUCGAGAAUUUCUUCUACUCCCGUAAGAACUUCAUGAAACCAUCCCAUCAAGAGUUCCCUCAUCGAAACUUCCAGGAGGAAGUGGACUUUCUAAGCCAGAUUUUCCCAAAUGGUGCAGCCUACUGCAUGGGACGUUUGAACUCUGACUGCUGGUACCUGUUCACCCUGGACUUACCAGAGUACUGGGAGAACAAGCAUGCGGAUCAGACGCUGGAAGUUCUGAUGAGCGACCUCGAUCCAGCCAUUAUGGACCAGUUCUAUAUGAAAGAUGGUGUUUCUGCAAGUGAUGUCACUCGUAUGAGUGGAAUUCGUGACCUGAUACCAGGUUCUGUGAUUGAUGCCACAAUGUUCAACCCUUGUGGAUACUCAAUGAAUGGAAUGAAGGCUGACGGAACAUACUGGACCAUCCACAUCACCCCGGAGCCCGAGUUUUCCUACGUCAGCUUCGAAACCAACCUCUCCCAGACAUCCUAUGAUGAUCUGAUCAGGAAGGUUGUGGAGGUGUUCAAGCCAGGAAAAUUUGUGACUACGCUUUUUGUCAAUCAGAGCUCCAAAUGUCGCAGUGUCUUUUCUUCAGCCCAGAAGCUCGAGGGCUACAAGCGUCUCGACCGCCAGUUGGCUCAAUUCAACGACUACAAUUUUGUGUUUCAAAGCUACGCCCAGAUCCGCCAGCAGAACCAGCAGAGCUGAGGGUCGACGAUGAAGAAGAGGCGUAAAAAGAAAGGCGACCGCUCUGGGCUCCCCCACUGCGGCUGGCUUCUCCCCCCACUAGAGAGCUUGUCGUCCUCCCCCUUCGUCGUCCUCCUCCCCCCUUCCCACCGCUGCUGCUGUCGUUGUUCAGAUCGUCCCGGUGCUGACGCAGUCGCGAGCCCUAGUUUAACCUCCAGUUUGAGUUGUUUGCAUUGUUGUUCCUGUGACUUAGAUCUCUUGCAUGAAAGCUCUUUUCUCUGUUUCGAUAUUCUAGCUCACUCUUGCUGUGAUCUUGAAGUGCAUGUAGAGGAAUUAAACACGCUCUGUUCGAGGCUGUCCACCUGUGCCCAGUACGACGGUCCCUUCCUGCAGGUGUCCCCCCUCAUCCCCCACAGACAAGGCUUCCGCCCGCACUAGGCCAGGGCCCUGACAUGCUCAGAUCCGCCCGCCUUUUUAUGAGCUAAGCCAUGAUUUCAAACCUAAUUUGCUCUCCAAAUUUGGAAAAUUGGUAUUCCUGAAUCGCUACCAAUUUCUGAGUGCACUUUAAAAACAUCAUGGUACGAAAAGACAGCUGACCUUUUUGUCUCACGUCUGAUUGAAUGUAAAAGUCACUGUAAGCUUUUGGCCUUUGUAAUCGUCGUUGCUUUGUUGACACGUAUUUAAAAAAUGAACGCCAUACUUGCUGUUUAAUGUCGCACUAUUGGAUAAAAGGUCUCCAGCCUCUUUGUGAUGGAAAUGGCACUAAAGAGGAAUCUGCUGCUCUGCUGGGCUCUACAAAAUCCCUCCAAACAUCGUCAUUCAGUUGUGCUCCUCCUCGACAAUCAUAAACGGGAGAGUUGCCAUAUAUAUAACAUUUUUCAUACUUAGAUUUUUUUGUACCUAUUAUUCUGUACAACCAAAAGGUCCUACUUGGCAACAACAUUAAUUACCUUAGUUAUAACAAACCCAUUCUUCACAUCAGCCUCACUACAGAGUGUUGGCCAGUGUGGCAAAAAGGGGAAAAUAAAUCUAACACUUUAGAAACUGACUUAUGUUUACAUAAUGAUGGGGCAGCGAUUUUGAAGUACUUUAACGUCAUUUAUUUUAAAAAAACAAAGGUUUAACUUGGUUGUUAUCUCAGUUUAUCCAUUUUUGCCCAUACAUUUUUACCAUCAACUGGUUGUAAUGUGGUUAUACCACCACAUGGUGGCUGUAGCGCAUCUGAAAGCUGUUUGCCACCCACUGUUAAAAUAAAGAAGAAAAAGCACACUAGUUACUGAACAUUUUUACAUAAGUGGUUGAAUAAACAACCUGUCGUACUUGGUAUUUUCAAAUAAGAAAGCUUGUUCUCAAAAUAAACUUCCAGGUGAGAUGCUAAAUCUCUUAGCCAUUUAAUACCCAUUUCCAUUGCAUGUUAGCAUCAAGCUAACAAACUCAGAUCCUGGUAUAAAUUCAGAUUUUCCUUGAAUAGUUGCCAGUGAUUUUUUUUUUCCAAAAAUGGACGUGUAGGCAAUGUAAUUUGUUAAACACGAUUUCAAACUACUGUCUGAUGGGAAUAGAUCUAUAUGCAGAUGACUGUGGUUUAUAUCUCUGUAACCAACAAAGGCAGCUUUAAUGUAUAAACAAUGAAGAGAUUUAAUAAUUAACCAUAAAUGAUUAAUUAAAAUAUUAAAUUAAUCUUUGUUAAGUUGGUUACAAGUGAUUAUAAACUGUGGGAAUCUGACUAAAAUAGAUGCAUACGCAGUUGACUGUGUGGUUUAUGUCUCUGUAACCAAUCAAGGCAGCUUUAAUUUAUAAACAAAAAAAAAUUGCAGAUUUAAUAAAUAAACUAUAUCUAAUUUAUUAAAAUACUAAAUGAAUCUUAAUUUCACUUUCUUCUUUAGAUGUUUAGUUGGUUACAAGCGCUCAUAAACUGUGGUAUCUGACCAAAAUAGAUGUAUACGCAGAUGACUAUGUGGUUUACAUCUCUUCCCCCAACCUAAACUACUCAAAAUAAAAAAAUGGGUAAAAUAGAUAAAAGGAUAAAUAAUGGAAUAAAAUACUAAAUAAAUAAUUUUAAAAAGGCAAUCUUCAUUCUAUUUUAUUUGAGCUAACAUCGCCAAAAUUUAGUACAUAAUAGACAAACCCCCGUCGAUCUCAUGUUAAUGCUACUUUGGCAGCUCGCUGAUGUUAAAAGGUUAUAACAGCGUUAAUGCAGCAAAAGAGGUGAAAUGUGUUUAUAUAUAAGUCGACUCUCCCCCAGUCCACGUGUCUCCCUAAAGACAAAAAGACAGGCUUUUAAACUGUCUCUCUAUGAAUCAUUGAAGACAUUCAACGUGUGCACUUUGUGUCACUGCAGCAGCCCGCUGCAUCUAUAGGAAGCUUCCGUCCUAUAGAAGCUCCUGUAAUAUUCAGCACUCCAUUUUCUCCUCCACAUACACACGAGCUGGUUAAAUUGAAUGUAGCACAGGCUGUAUAAAGCCCCCCUACCAUCACCCCCGUCCACCAUCUUUGAAUGUACACGUCUUUGGAGAACAGCCUGGACUGAGUUUGAGCUGAAUGUAUGACUCCAGGAGAGCACACGGGUGCCCGCCCUCCUCUUCCCUCUCUCACACGUGGAGCUGACACACAAUGACAGAGCAGCCAUUAUCCAGCUCUCAGAGUCAGACCGUGACAUGACGAGAGCUGGCCCUGCUGGCUGCGCCCCAGCUCUGCUCUGAAUGGGAAAUAAUGAAUCAGACACUUUUUGCUUAGUUGCCCAGCAAAGCAUUUUUCUUCUUCCCACAUUAUAUCAUCGUCUCUCUGUCUCUUUCCGCCCCAUACAGAAAUCUGUAAGCGCACAAUAGAGGCCCGCCGGUCUGAGCAUGCCAGGGUGAUCCCGGAUCAUUCCACAUGUAACCGCUGCAUAAAACUGCCGUUUUAUUAAAUUUAUUGUGCCCAGACAGUUUUUGCAGUGAAUCAGUCCAAAAUGUGACUCCCCUAGCAGUUUUUUCUUUUUGUUUGUUUCUCUUUGUUCAUCGAGGGGGAAAAUCCUGUGACACUAUGGUGCAUGUGACUACUAGUGCCGUGUUGCUUGACAGUGUAGUGUAGCGCCGUCUCUUCCUCCUUUUGUCAAUGUGCUUCCACCUUCCUCUUGUUUAACCAGCUGUAGUUGCAACUGCUGCAUCCUGAUGUGUUUUUGGGUAGGUGGGGAUUAUAUAUUUUUUAUUUAUUUUCAGUUUUUCCUUCAUUAUUUCAAGUUGUGGACGAGUGCUGAAAGCAGGUUGGGCUGGUUACACACUAGACGGUUCUUUAAAUCAAUGUUUGAGGCAAAGGAAAUCCAAAGAGGAGGACCGUUUCAGUCAGUUUGUAACGUUAUAAUCCUCCAAAUAUACGCCAGACAAAUUGAAACCCAAAUGUCCUGAAAUUUUCAAUUAUAACCAACUUUGGAUUAAAAAUGGGGCCGCAUGGACCUAAUAUAGGACCUUUUCAAAAUAAAAGCACAUCAUAAAGUUUUUGCCACAAGGAAACGGCUGUGCGAUUGGUCCCAGCCCAGAUAGAUGUGAAAGAAGGGGCUAGACGGUUCACACGCCAGCUGUUUGUGGUGACGAUUCAAAUCCAAAGACAUGAAGUUUCACAAAAACUCACAAUCAAAUAUGAAUUCAAAAGAAAGAUGAAUACAGAUGUCUUCCUUUUCAUUAUAAUGCUUUAGCAAAAAAAUAAACUCCCCCAUCUUUAAGCUCAUUUAGAGACUCUUAUUGAUGCUGGGAGCUGUGAUAUAACUUUUGUUUUUUAUGCCUCUAUCACCACUUCUGAAGUCUGAACAGAAAGGGGAACAUCUGCCCCACCUUUGUGCUUCUGUGGUGUUGAUUUUGUGGUGAAAUGUCACCAGGGGCGUAAAUAUGACACCUUCUUUUGCUGCCAAAAUUAUGAGCUAUAAACACUUCUCGGUCUGCCCGCUCUCGUUGGCUGUAGCUGAUAUUUGAUCAGAGGCAGCCUGAUCUGGAUUUCUAAAAAAACAAACAUCCAGAUGAUCCAGAUCACGGAGGUUCUAACUUGAUAGAUUAGAUGUGAUCAGUUGCACCAAGCCUCCAGUCAGAACAUUCCCCGGACCAUUUAAGGGGAGAAUCCUGCCUAAACUCGCCUGGUGUGUAGCCCGCCUUUUGGUUCCUUAUUUAUUACUUCAUGUAAAAAUCGUAAAAAAGGUUUGUCCUCUCCGCCCGUCGUCACGUGAGUGUUCCCGACUCUUCUCCAGCCAGAGAUUGCAGUUUGAACUUUGACCCGGUUGGUUCAGGACCUGCUUUCAGCCCUGCUGUGCAGUACAGUCAGUUGUUCAGUAAUAUCUGCGAUGAUUGCAUCAGGAAGUGUAGCGGUGUGCUUUUAUCACCUGAGGCACUUGGCGAGCUCGGCGGAACAGUUCACGUGAGAACAUGCAGUGAAGAUGUUGACACUGGAAUAGUUUCCCUCUAGCUUGUCUGCCAUGGCGUUUUGGAGUGGUUUCAUUCUUUUCCUGAGGACCAAUCUCUGCUCUCACGUGAACUGCCCCGUCCUCGCCACCGUGAUUGUUCUGGGUCCUUUUACUCUGAAUCCACACAGUAGGGGGUUUAAUCUGUUAAACACUUGUAGCAGUUUAACUCAAACUGUUCUUGAUCAGGUUCCUUUUAGCCUUAGUGGUGUGCAUCAUUGCUAUAUUUUAUUUUUUUAUACAGUGAACUCAAAAUGCAUUUUUGCAGUUGAAUGGUAAGAGAAUUUUAUACAAAAAAAAAGAUUUUGUAUUUUUGCUGCGGACCAAUAUUCUCUUGUUUAUCUUCCCCUUUUUGUCCAAAUGUUUUAUUUUGUGUGUUCUGGGGUUAAGGGAUGGUUACCUUUUCAAAAUAAAUCAUGUUGUGUUUUUUUAUGACUUCUUUCACUUCCUCUUUCUCUCUGAAUCAUCUGAAAGGAAGAGAAAGUGAACGCCUUCCCCGGGUGAGAGCGAGGGUGCAGUUGCAGGAUGUAUCAGGAUGUACUGACGGAGAAACUUUGCUGUUCUAAUUCUUUCUUUUGCUGUUCUUUGGAUGGUCAAGAUGUGCUAAAUAUAUCUGUGCUACGAGCUUGAUGCUUCAAUAAAAAAUACUUAUC